AUGUUGGGAAACGGCCGCUGCGACGUGCAGUGUGUGGACGGAGUGAAGCGGCUGUGCCACAUUCGUGGUAAGAUGAGAAAGAAGGUUUGGUGCAAUCAGGGCGACAUUGUCUUGGUUUCCCUCCGAGAUUUCCAGGCCUUGGUGACAGUUGGUGUUGCAUGUUCCGGAUUUUCUGUUGUUCCCAUUGUUGUCCUUACAGGCCUUGGGAGUUUAUCGGGAUGA